AAUUUAACAGUUUAAAAACUACGUCUUCACAUAAUCAUUACUAGAAAAACUACGAUGUAAAAAUAUUUUAUUGCAAUCGUCGAAUAUUAUAAGUACUACUAUAAUACGCACGCAAUUUUUUUUCGUAACUCGAUUUUGUUAAGGAUAUAAAUUUAAAAUCAAAACAUAUAAUAAAAUGGGCAAAGUUAUAAUUUCAAUAGUGAUUUGGGUUCUUUUUGGUUCAUGCAUACAACCAUCGUCAAGUGCAAGAAUACUGGCCGUGGAAACAGUUGGAGGUAAAAGUCACUGGAAUUUCAUGAAAGGUAUACUACAAGCGUUAGUAAACAACAGGCAUAACGUCACUGUUUUUACACCGUUUACCGACGGCAAUCGCGAAAACUAUACCGAAGUGGACACAACUUUAGGAGGAGCUAUGCGAUUUAUGGACAUGGAUCUAAACCAAAUGAAGAUUAGUAUGAUUACAAAGAUAGGUAAUUUUGUGGCAAUGAGUAGAAUGCAGUGUGAUCAAGUGUAUAAAAAUAGUAAAAUGAAAGAAAUAUUGAAUAGCAAACGUACAGAUUUUGACUUGCUCAUUAUUGAAUUCUUUGCGUCAGAUUGCGUGUCAUAUAUUGCAACUGUGCUAAACUUGCCUUUAAUUUAUGUCACACCAUUGCCGGCAAAUGCCCUUAUGGAUCGCACAAUCACUGGUCAUGUCUCAAAUCCAUCAACAGUCACAGAAAUGUUUUCUUUGCAUUCCGUUUCUAAAACUUUCAUUCAGAGAUUAGCUCAUAUUUUUUUACUAAUCCGCUUUAAAAUUGUAAAAGAGUAUAAAGAACUGUUUCUGAAAUACACUGACCCAAAACACUACGAUUUGAUCGAACCUAUCUCGCCAUCUUUGGUAUUUGUAAAUAGACAUUUUAUAACUGAUGCGCCAAGUCCUAUACCGACAAACGUUAUCAACGUGGGUGGAAUUCAUUUGAAGGAACCUAAGAAGUUACCGAAAGAUAUUUUAGAGUUUAUUGAACAGUCACCACAUGGAGUUAUUUAUUUCACUUUUGGCUCGACCAUAAAAAUGUCAUCGAUACCGGAACAUAUAAAAAAAGUAUUAAUAGAAGCGUUCGCGGAAAUUCCUCAAAGAGUGUUAUGGAAGUAUGAAAAUGAACUAGAAAAAAUACCGAAAAAUAUGAUGAUUAAAAAAUGGCUACCCCAGCGUGAUAUACUUUUGCACCCAAACGUGAAACUUUUCAUUAGUCAUGGAGGUAUAUCUGGGGUAUACGAAACCGUGGACGCUGGAGUCCCAGUUCUUGGAUUUCCCUUGUUUGGUGAUCAGCAUAGAAAUAUAGAUAAUUUAGUCAAUGUGGGAAUGGCUAUUUCUAUGGACCUCAUGUCUAUAACAAGGGAUAGUUUAUUAAGAAAUAUUUUAGAACUCUUCAAUAAUGAAAAAUAUACGAAAAAUGCUGAAACAGCUUCAAAAAUAUUCAAUGAUCGACCGAUGUCGCAAGCAGAAUCUGUUGUUUACUGGACUGAAUAUAUUCUCCGUCACAAAGGUGCACGACACUUGAAAUCUCAUGCAUUAAAUCUAAAAUGGUAUCAAUAUUAUUUAUUAGAUGUUUUAUCUUUAGUUUUUAUUUUUAUUUCCGUUGUAAUUCUUAUCAUCGCGAAAAUAUUUAAAUUGAUUAAUAAAAUAUAUGGUUUAAUUUUUUCUAAAAAAUUAUAAAUCAAAGUUUGAAAAA